GCUACUGUCCACCACCCCUUGAAGAGCCACCAUGUCUGGACUCCGGAUCCUCGUGCCCGUCAAGCGGGUUAUUGACUAUGCCGUCAAACCGCGUGUCAACAAAGCCCAAACCGGCGUAGAAACCAACGUCAAACACUCCAUGAACCCCUUCGACGAACUCUCCAUCGAAGAAGCCGUCCGCAUGCGCGAGCGCAAACUCCCCGUCGAAGACAUUCUCGCCUUCUCCGCCGGCCCCGCCAAAUCCCAAGACAUCCUGCGCACGGCGAUGGCCAUGGGCGCGGACCGAGGAAUCCACGUGGUAGAAGAGAAAACCGAUCUGGAACCCUUGAGCGUCGCGAAGUUGUUGCAAAAAGUGGUGGAGGAGGAGAAGAGGAACCUGGUGAUACUGGGGAAGCAAUCCAUCGAUGAUGACGCGAACCAAACGGGACAAAUGCUCGCGGGACUUCUGAACUGGCCGCAAGCGACGCAGGCGAGCAAAGUGGAGAUCGACGGCGAGAGUGUCACGGUGACGAGGGAGGUGGACGGCGGAGUGGAGACGUUGAAGGCCAAGUUGCCGAUGAUUAUCACGACGGAUUUGAGGUUGAAUGAGCCAAGGUAUGCGAGUUUGCCGAAUAUUAUGAAGGCGAAGAAGAAGCCGUUGGAGAAGAAGACACUCGGGGAUUAUGGCUUGGAUGGGGAGAAGAGGUUGAAGACGGUCAAGGUGGAGGAGCCCAAGGCGAGGCAGGGAGGCGGGAAGGUGGAGGAUGUGGAUGGGAUGAUUGCCAAGUUGAAGGAGUUGGGAGCGUUGUAA